CAGAAACUUGUUAUUCAAGAAUUGUUAUUUAAAGAUUGUUGCCAAAAAUACUAUUAUUGCAAUCAAGAGUAUAACACUUAUGGCACAAUACAUUCCAAUUAAAUAUGUAGAAGUUUUCUGUUAGUUAAGCAUUCUGAUAAUAGUAAAAUACUACAAAAACUUUUGGAUUUCCCCUGAUAGAACCAUAUUAUGCCAUGCAAAUUAAAUCUAUAUUUAAAAAGGAAAAUAUAUAAGCUGAAGAAACUAAAUAAGAGAUAACAAGAAAGUAGUUUAUAAAGAUUAGUUGUUUUGACCAAUAAUUUAAUAAGCAAUACUAGGAUUACGAAAAAUGCAUACUUAAAUAGUGAUAGUUUGAAUUAAUCCCAAAGUGUUUAUGAAAAGUCUUGUUGAGGAC